AUGGCCACUCUCGAAGCUAUCCAGUACUCUCCCGGGAAGCUCAAGGUCCUCGACCAGCUACAGCUUCCUCACUCGUUUCAGUACGAAGUUGUCGCUACCUGCGAAGAUGCCUUUGAUUGCAUCAGGUCGAUGAGAGUACGAGGUGCUCCCGCGAUCGCAAUCGUCGCGCUGCUUGGCCUCGCGGUCGAGCUUCAUAAUGGUGAAUACCAGGCUUCUACAGUGGACGACAUAAUCGCCUACAUCGACAAGAGACUCGACUACCUCAAGGAAAGUCGCCCAACUGCCGUCGACCUAGGAAACUCCAUUACCCUUCUCAAGAAGCUCAUCCGCGGUGUACGCGAGACCGAACCCGAGAGCACUGUCGACGAUAUCGUCAAGGCCUACAUCGCGGGCGCCGAAGAGUACAUGAACCGUGACCUCCACACCAACGUCUCCAUCGGCGAUAAUGGCACCAACUGGUUGCGCGACGUCGUCGGCGCUAGCAAGGACAAUACGAUAUCCGUGCUGACCCACUGCAACACGGGCUCCCUCGCAACGUCGGGCCACGGCACGGCCCUCGGAAUCAUCCGAAGCCUGCACAAAGAUGGUCUUUUGAAGCACGCUUUCUGCACAGAAACGAGGCCGUAUAACCAAGGUAGCCGUCUGACCGCCUUCGAGCUCGUCUACGAGGGAAUUCCCAGCACACUCAUCACGGAUUCCAUGGCCGGUGCUCUCUUUGCCACGCAAAAGGCUGAAAAGAACAUCGCGGCGGUCAUCGUCGGUGCCGACCGGGUCGUUGCAAACGGUGACACGGCUAACAAGAUUGGCACGUACCAAUUGGCCGUCCUCGCGCGGUACCACGGUCUCAAAUUCAUCGUCGCCGCGCCCCGAACCAGUAUCGACCUCGCGACGGCAGCGGGCUCCGACAUCCACAUCGAGGAGCGCAAGAAGGAAGAGUUGACGCAAGUAUCUGGGCCGGUUGUCAAGCAAGAUGGCACGGUCGACAGCAACGAGGUUGUACGGAUCGCGACGGCGGACCAGAGGAUCGAUGUGUGGAACCCCGCCUUUGACGUGACACCCCAUGAGUUGAUUGAUGCCAUUGUGACUGAAGCUGGAGUGGUAGUCAAGGAUAGUGAGGGCAAGUUUGACCUCGCGAGAAUAAAGAGCGAGAGCGAUGUCGCCAAGGCGUAA